AUGGCUCACAGACGGUCGCAGUCGACGCCAACGCGUGUAAAUGACCUUGGCUCAGAGUCAUCGUCAAAACGGUCUUCACGAACAGCAUCACGGCUCAUGACUUCUGUAAGACGUUCAUUCACUCCCACGAACAAGCAACACCAGAAUAUAUCAAUACUCGCAAUGCGUUCAACUCCUGAAGAAACCCAACCACUGCCUCUUCCUCAAUUUAGAGAUCCAUUAUACAUCUCCUCACCACCCACAAUUGAGCAGAUUGCCAUGGGUCUGCAUAUUUCACGAACACCACAUCUCAGGCCACCCCGUAAUUCUCAAUCAAUGCCACCCAACAUUCGCCGCUCAUCUUCUAUUCCAAUCCCACCACCCCCUACGCGCUCUUCUCUCAAACAACCUGCCACCACGCUGACUUCUUCCAUUUCCACCCCCCCUUUCUCCUCCGCCUCUGCAUCAUCUACGACCAUCACUUCCAUCAACCCACCAACACCUCAGUCGGGCUCGGGGCGCUCGUCUCCGUUCUCCUUUCCAAAAUUCCGUAUGUCACGGUUCUUGCCUGGCACGCGAGCUAGCUCCGCCCCCUCUUCUCCUGAUACGUCGAGGAGAAAUAGUUUGGCGGACCUACCGCAGAAAAAGGCUGUACGUUUCUCCCAGGUCGGCGGGGACGAUGACGAUCAGAGUGAUGAUGACUGA